AUUGCACGCACUACGCAACCUAUGUACAAAAUAAUGCGCACAACACAAAGACCAUUUAUCCCCAGCCCUGCGAUGAAACAACCUCAUUAGACCAAAGUACAGAAACUUAAGAUCCCCAUUAAUUUCAACUUCCCUGAGAUUAGCAUCUUCCGGUGACUGAUAUCGAAUUAUUAUGGGAUGGUCUUCAUAUGCGGCCCCGAUUAUUCAAUUAAUUAGUUCAUGAAGGGGUUUCGAGGGAAAAACAGUGAUCCAAUUCAUAAUUCUGUUAAAAGAAACUGUAAUUAUCCUUCGAACGGAAUUCCGGGUUCUGUCUCAUCCGAGGCAGGACCAAGUGCCACCAGUAUUAAGCAUCACAAGUCUGUAGCCAUUUGGUCGGGAAUCUGGCUACCGUCUCUGUCAAUUUUUGGGACUUCGAAUAGUAAUAACAAUAGUGAGCCGAAAAGUAGCUGCUCCAGUAGUCCUAGGAAAAAGUCUGCGAGUGGGAGAAACUAUUAUGAGGGUUGGAGAGCAGCUGUGAGGAGGGUGAUGAUGAAUGGUGGAUCAAUGAGGAGAAUAUUGGGGUUCACUAAAUCAGGGGUUUCCGUGUCGAACAGUGAUAUCUGGCUUUUGGGCAUUUGCUAUAAAAUUGCUCAAGAAGGAGAUGACUUGAAUUCUUCCAGUUCUGAUCUGACUCAGAGAGAGGGAUUUGUCACGUUUGUUGAGGAUUUCUCAUCUCUGAUUUUGGUCACAUACCGAAAAGGAUUUGAUCCCAUUGGAGAUUCAAAGUACACUAGUGAUGUUCAUUGGGGUUGCAUGCUUCGAAGCAGCCAGAUGCUUGUUGCUCAGGCAUUUCUUUUUCAUAAAUUUGGAAGAUCGUGGAGGAAAUCUGUACACAAGCCACUCGAUCAAAAUUACACCGAAAUAUUGCAACUUUUGGGGGAUUCUGAAGACUCACCUUUCUCCAUACACAAUCUUCUGCAAGCUGGAAAGGCUUAUGGCCUUGCUCCAGGAUCAUGGGUGGGUCCAUAUGCCGUGUGUCGCACCUGGGAAACUUUGGUGCGUAUUAAGAGGGAGGAGAAUGAAAAUGGAGGCUUGUCCUCAAUGAUGGCUAUAUAUGUGGUUUCUGGUGAUGAAGAUGGGGAACGAGGUGGAGCUCCUGUUCUUUGCGUUCAAGAUCUUUCUAGGCACUGUUUCGAGUUUUCCAGAGGUGAAGUUGAUUGGACCCCUGUCCUCAUGUUGGUUCCAUUGGUUCUAGGGCUGGACAAAGUUAACCCAAGGUAUGAAGUUAGAUGUCAAAACCUUGGGAAAUGAAAGUACAUCAUUGUA